GAGAGAAUUGUCCCUCUUGUCUCGGUCUCAGAAAGUUGAGUGAGAGGAAAAAGGGUUGAACAACUUGUCUUCAGCUUAUAAACCGGAACGGCAUCCUGGUAUGGCCCCGGGUGUUUUCUUUUCUUGGCAAUCGGUAGUCUCUGGACAUUCCGAUGAGUAAGCGGACUGCAUGCCGACGGGGGCCGAAAUCUGAAAAUUGGCCGAAUGACCAGACAGGAUUCGUCAAAAAAAUUUAACAAAACACAAUGUCACACCACAGUGAUGAUGCAAUGCUUAUAGUUGGAAGUGACAGUUUCUGGGAACCUGGAAAUUACAAACGCACAACUAAAAGGAUAGAAGACAGUUUUCGAUUAUGUAAUGAUCUUAUACUCUUAAUUCAAGAAAGAAGUGAAAUUGAAAAAACAUAUGCUAAGAGUUUAAGAAAUUGGUCAAAGAAAUGGAACGAAAUAAUAGAAAAAGGUCCUGAAUAUGGUACGACAGAAGCUGCUUGGAAAGCUGUGCUAAUAGAAGCUGAAAGAAGAUGUGAUAUGCACCUACGUAUAAAAGACCAGCUAUUAAAUGAUGUUGUAACACAAAUUAAACAGUGGCAGAAAGAUAAUUUUCACAAAUCUAUGAUUCAUAUCAAAGAAAAAAAAGAAAUGGAUGAUAAUUUUAAAAAGGCACAAAAACCAUGGGCAAAGCUUUUAGCUCGUGUUAAUAAAUGUAAAGCAGAUUAUCAUCAGGCUUGUAAAAAUGAGCGAUCUGCAGUUAAUCAAGAAAGAAAUGCAUCUGCUGAUACCUCUUUAUCACCAGAUCAAGUCACAAAAUUACAGGAUCGUGUCAGUAAAUGUAAACUUGAAGCACAAAGAGCAAAAGAAAGGUAUGAGCAAGCAUUGCAAGAAAUAAAUGAUUAUAAUGCUAAAUAUAUGGAGGACAUGACUGUUGUUUUUGACAAGUGCCAAGAGUUUGAAGAGAAACGUUUAGACUUUUUUAAAGAAAUGCUUUUUAGCAUUCAUGGAUGUUUAAAUAUUUCAACAGAUGCUGAGCUUCCGCAGAUUUAUGAAGAGUACAGGCAUAGCAUACAAAAUGCUGAUGCAAAAAAAGAUUUAAAAUGGUGGUCCAACAAUCAUGGUGUUGGCAUGGCAAUGAAUUGGCCACAAUUUGAAGAGUAUUGUGAAGAAUUCCGUGAUAUUGGCAAACUUAAAAAGGGAGCUGUGCCUGAAAGUGGAAUACUCUUGGUGAACCAACAAAAAAUUGGAGAAGAUUUGCCUGAGUAUACAUCUGACUCACAAAAUGUUUCCAAAAAAGAAAAGAAAGGUACUAUCAAUAGUGAUACUGGAAUUAAGUUACGUCCAGAUAAGAACAAAAAUUCUUCAAAUAGGAAUUCAGCCAUUAAUUUCCAAAAACUUCCUAAUAAUCCCUUUGAAGUUGGUGAAAAUGAAGCCUUUGAAGAAAAAGACACGAAUGGAAAAGAAGAGCAGAAUCCUUUUGACGAUGACCAAGAAGACUGGGAUGAAGGGUCCAAUGAUGCGUUAGUAGAUAAUGGUGAACCUGGAGUACCUGUAAGAGCUCUUUAUGAUUAUGAAGGUGCCGAAGCUGAUGAAUUAUCAUUUAAAAAUGGGGAAGUAUUUGAAAAGUUAGAGGAUGAAGAUGAACAAGGUUGGUGUAAAGGGCGAAAAGAUGGAAGAGUAGGACUCUAUCCUGCUAGUUAUGUAGAAUUAGUGGCAAAUUGAAGGACUAAAGUCAUCAUCAAAGAAUGAUCCCCAUGGGAUUUCGACUGUGUAAUUUGCUGUACAAAGCACAAUGAAAUUUUGUUCUGCAUAACUUGCCAGUUACAAACAGAAAAAAAAAAAAAAAAAAAAAUAUUGUGCAAUCUUGAAGUCAUUCAACACUUCAUGUUUGUUCUGUGAAAACUUAGUAUAAAAUAUUUUUUUUUUUUUUUUUACAUACAGAAAACUAAUGUUUUAUUUCUGACAUACAUGUUUAAAUUUGCUAAACAGGUUAUAAUAAAGCUAGCUACCUUAAUAUGGAAUAUACUAGCUAUGGAGUACCAGUUUCAAAAUUAUACAUUAAAAAUUACAAAAACUGAUAAGAAAUUGUGUAUCUAUAAUGAUAAAAACUAUCAAAAAUAUAAUUAAUUUUUUACAACUAAAAAGUCAGUUUGAAAGCAAAUUGUGCAUGUUCAAGAUAUUUUUAUAACAAAAAUUUGGAAUCCAUAUAAUUUUUUCCAAUGCUUUGUUGAAUAGGUAAAUUUUUUACAUACUUCAAAUGAUUUCACAUAAUUUUCAAAAUCGAAAUAUAAAAGAAUGUAAAAAAAAAAAAGAAUCAUCAUUUCAAUAUUAUUCAUUUUCAGGAUAUGUAACCAAAAUAUUAAGCAAAUAAUAUUAAUUUAGAAGUUUGGAUUUCUAAAAUGGCCUGGUUGGUAGUAAUUUAAUCGUAUGUCCAAACAAAGCAACAAGAUAAAUGUUAUGUGUUACAGUUGUAGAAACAAUGUUCGUAAUAUUUGUACAUAAUUUCACUGCUCAGAUUGUUUUUGUUUUUAUGUAGAAUGAAAGCUUGUUUAUACACUUAUGAAAGUUGCAAAAAUCAGUGUUUAUGGUUUGAAUUUUAUUUUUUAUUUUUCUGUGCAUAUUUAUAUUGUUCUAAAUUUAUAUUUAUAAAUCCCUUAUUCUAUCACAAGUGAUUGCAAAAAAUAAAUAAAAAAAAUACAGUCAUGCAUGCAUUUUAUUUUUUAAAAUAUUCUUAUAUGAAUCAUUCUACAGUGAUAGCAUUCUUAAUUUAGAAAUCUCAUAGUGUAAGUAGUUUUAUGUAAACCAGAGCAAGAAAGUAUUUGGGGCCAGUUGAAGUUAUGCCUGCUAUGCAAAAUAUUGCAGUGUUCGUGUAGAUAAGAACAGCAAAUUGUAGAGGAAAUGGUUGAAUCAGUAGCAGUUACCUAUAAUUAUUUUUCAUACUAUGUAAAUAAGAGAUUAAUAUAAUCAUGCUGCGUUAGCCUAAGACAAUCUAUAAAAGAAAAAAAAAAAAAUAUUGGACAAUUUAAUUUUUUUUUUAUUUUUGUAACCUACAAAGUACUUAUGCAGUUUUCUAUGUAUAUAUAAAAUUAUAAUUAAAUGUAUAAUGCUUACUAUCAUUUGGCAAGGCUUGGAAGUAUAGUACAGUACAAAAUUGAAUAUUUUUACCUUAAAAAAAGUAGAACAGUUUCCAUAUCAUUUAUAUGAGCAAUAAUUCUCUGCACUCAUUGUUGAUGUAGAAUACCUUAAGAAACUUUUUUAAUUAAACUGCUAUAAAAAUGAACAUAAAUAUGAUUUUAUCCCAUUUAAAUUUAAUACAGAAUAUACAUUAACACAGGGGCACUCACUGGAGGGGUAUUUAAUUUUUCAGGAAGGAAUGUAGUCAGCCUUUUCUUUACCAUUUUAUUUUUUUAACCUGUUAAAUAUUUAGUUUAUGAAUAUAAAAAUAUAUUUUUUCAAGUUAUUGUAUUUAUCAACAUUUUUUUAUACUUUUCUUUGUUUAAUUUAUAAAACACAUUAGAAAUAAUCUAAAUAUAAAUAAAUAUAUGUACAAUUUAUGAAAUUUGGAACAAAGAGGAAUGAUCAUUUAGGAAUAGUGAAAGAUGUGCUUGGGGCAAAAAAUGUUGAGAACCACUUCAUUAACAAUUAUGAAAUAUUCUGUUGUAUGUAUUGCAAUUCAUUUAUUAUAUAAAGAAAAAAUUUUGGUAAUUUGUAUAAAAUUUUCAAGUGCAGAUUUUAGUCUCAUGUAAUGGUUAUGUUGAAUUUUUAUAAUAAAACAACAAAAAUGUUAUUAUAUAAAAUAAUUAUAUUUUUGUGUUUAAAAUUAAUAUUAUGCACACAUAAUUUAAUGAACAUAUAUUGUAGAAAACAAAAAACAUAAUAUGGUUUAAACAUGUUUCGAUAAUAAGAAUUAUAUCAGGUAAACUUUAUAAUUUCAUUUUGGAUGCCAUUUCAUUUUGGAUUAUUGAUAUGAUAAAUACAGUUAAAAAACUGUGUUGAAAUCAGAGGCAGUAGAAAAAUGAGUUUGAUUAAAAAGUGUUAAAAAAAUACUACUUCUGUACCAUUCCAAAAUAUCCAAUACUGUACUUCCAACCUUGAUGGCUAAAAUUUGGGGAAUCCCUAUUUAAAUUAUGUAUUUAAUCACUUCAUAGUAAAAGACCAUAAAUGCAGGUGUGAAAAAUGUCUUCCAGCACUUAGCAUUGUCUUUUAUUUUUCAUAAUUCAGUAAGCAUGAAUAUUUGAAAAUCAUCUCAUCAUAAUAAUCUCUUAACAAAUAGUUUUUUAAUCUAAUUAUUAAACUGAAAUGUACAUUACUGAGAAUAUUGAGUGUUUGAAAUUGGAUCCCUUUGUAUAAACAUAAUUGUACUUACAAGUAGAUUUCAUUGUGUUAGUCACUGUAACUAAUAUCCAGCUUUAUCACUAGGUUUUCUUGUAUAUAAUUUAUCAUUUAAUUAAAUGUAUAUUCCCAUAAUACGA